CCUCUCUAUUAUGCCAAAGCAUUGUGUUACCACUGCAUGAGACUUUCCCUCCAGCUAAUCGCAUACAAAAGUUCGAAACAACCAGUCCAAUGGGCAAUUACAAAUCAAGACCCACUCAAACCUGUACUGAUGAGUGGAAAAAGAAAGUGAGUGAGUCAUACGCUGUUAUUAUUGAGAGACUGGAGGAGGACUUGAGAAUUAAAGAGGAGGAGUUCAAGGAACUCAAGCAUGUUUUCAGCUCAGACGAAGCAUUCAAUAAAGUGAACCUGAAUUAUCGCACAGAGGGUGGACUGUCCCUGCUGCAUCUCUGCUGUGUAUGUGGAGGGAAUAAAGUUCACAUCAGGACCCUCAUGCUGAAAGGUUUGCGUCCAUCCAGACUCACUCGGAAUGGAUUCACGGCUCUGCACCUGGCUGCAUUCAAGGAUAAUGCUGAACUGGUCACUGCACUGCUGCAUGGUGGAGCAGAUAUCCAGCAGGUGGGGUACGGAGCCCUCACGGCCCUACAUAUAGCUACUGUGGCCGCACAUCUUGAGGCCGUCGAUAUUCUCUUGCAACACGGGGCGUAUGUCAACGUCCAAGAUGCAGUGUUCUUCACCCCUCUGCAUAUUGCAGCAUACUUUGGCCAUGAGCAGGUGUGCAAGCUUCUUAUGAAGUUUGGGGCUGAUGUCAAUGCGAGUGGAGAGGUAGGGGACAGGCCGCUUCACUUGGCCGGAGCUAAAGGCUUUCUGGGCAUUGUCAAACUGUUGAUGGAUGACGGCAGCAAAACUGAUGCCAAUGCUCAAGACAAUGAGGACCACGUUCCCCUUCAUUUCUGCGCUCGAUUUGGACACCAAGAGGUUGUCCGUUUCUUACUGCAGGGCAGCUUUGACGUACAGCCGCACUCUGUCAACAUCUACGGCGACACACCUCUCCACCUAGCCUGCUACAAUGGAAAGUUUGAAGCGGUGAAAGAGAUUAUUCAGUUGUCUGGCACGGAGAGUCUGUCUAAGGAGAACAUCUUCAGCGAGACAGCUUUUCAUAGUGCCUGCACCUACGGCAAGAACUUGGAAAUGGUCAAGUAUCUGCUCAGUCAGAAUGCCGUGAGCAUCAACCAUCAGGGGCGAGAUGGACACACAGGUCUGCAUAGUGCCUGUUUCCAUGGACACAUCCGACUGGUCCAGUUUCUUUUGGACAACGGGGCAGAUAUGAAUCUGGUGGCUUGUGACCCCAGCCGUUCCAGUGGAGAAAAGGACGAACAGACAUGCUUAAUGUGGGCCUAUGAGAAAGGCCACGAUGCCAUUGUUACUCUGCUAAAACACUACAAACGGCCUCAGGACGAUUCACCCUGCAAUGAGUAUUCUCAACCAGGAGGGGAUGGGUCUUAUGUUUCUGUUCCCUCUCCCUUGGGAAAGAUCAAAAGUAUGACUAAAGAGAAGGCAGAUGUGCUUCUCCUGAGAGCAAGUCUUGCAUCAAACUUCCAACUUCAACUCUCUGAACUGGAAUUUAAUGAGAUUAUUGGAUCAGGCUCCUUUGGAAAGGUCUACAAAGGAAGGUGCCGUAAUAAGAUAGUUGCAAUUAAACGGUACCGUGCAAACACAUACUGCUCAAAAUCAGACACCGAUAUGUUCUGUCGGGAGGUUUCCAUCCUGUGUCGUCUCAACCACCCCUGUGUGAUCCAGUUUGUGGGGGCAUGUCUGGACGACCCUAGUCAGUUUGCCAUUGUAACGCAAUAUGUGUCCGGAGGAUCACUGUUCUCGCUGUUGCAUGAGCAGAAGAGAAUCAUUGAUCUGCAGUCCAAGCUCAUCAUUGCCAUUGAUGUGGCCAAGGGCAUGGAGUAUCUGCACAAUCUAACCCAACCAAUCAUUCACAGAGACCUCAACAGUCAUAAUAUUCUGCUCUAUGAGGAUGGACACGCUGUGGUGGCUGAUUUUGGAGAGUCUCGCUUCCUUUUGUCAGUGGAUGAGGACAAUAUGACUAAACAACCCGGGAACCUGCGAUGGAUGGCCCCAGAGGUGUUUACCCAGUGUACACGCUACACGGUGAAAGCAGACAUGUUCAGCUAUGCCCUCUGCUUAUGGGAGCUGCUCACCGGCGAGAUUCCAUUUGCACAUCUCAAACCAGCUGCAGCCGCUGCAGAUAUGGCGUAUCAUCAUGUCCGUCCUCCGAUUGGAUACUCAAUCCCCAAACCCAUCUCAGCACUGCUGAUGAGGGGCUGGAAUGCCUGUCCAGAGGAAAGACCUGAGUUUUCCGAGGUGGUUGCCAAACUAGAGGAAUGCCUGUGUAACGUGGAGCUUAUGUCUCCAGCCUCCAGUAACAGCAGUGGUUCUCUUUCACCCUCAUCCUCCAUGGACAGCCUGGUAGCACGUGGCAGUCCUGGACGAAGUCAUGUGGCUGCCCUCCGCUCGCGCUUCGAGUUGGAAUACGCCCUUAAUGCCCGUGCCUAUGCAUUUUGGACCCAAAACUCUGGUCGGAGGUCUUCACAGGGUUUGUCUCUGGAUGAGCUGAGGAGAAACAUGCAGUUCCCACCCGUCGACAGAAACGGAUAUGUGUCAGAUCCCAUGAGCACCAUGCGUUUCCAUUCAUGCAGCAGCAAUGGAAGUUUUGAGGACAGCAACUAGAAGCAGCAACUCUCUGAAGAACAUCACACGCAAACAAAUACUUGCAUUCAUGACAUGUCUAAAUGACCGUAAUCAACCAAAAUGGCAAGACAAAUGUUAAUCAACAUCAAAACCUCACAAGGAAUUUUUUUUGUAAUUUUUUUUUGUAUAAUAAUACUGCAUAAUGUGGUGUUACAUUCAGUAUACAUACAAUUAUUUCAAAGUUUUGAUUUUAAAGAGUCAAAAACUUUUGUACAAGGGUUUUUUAUAUUGUGUUUGGUGGUUAAAUGUAAAGACAAAUUAGUCAAUAUUUUUUUCAAAUUCCAAAAGAAAAC